GCAAGGGUGCGGUGCGGAGCGGAAGCGUCAAACGUUAGAAGACACAACGAAGGAAUUUUUGGCACAAUUAUUUAACUCUUGCGAUAUGAACUUUACAAUAUGAUGAACAUGUUUUUAUUUUUUUUAUUCAUUUUCCUUACGGACGGUGUGUUUGGUGUUGAUCCAGAUGGAGUAAACACAGCAAUAGAGGGAGAUUCUCUUACUCUACAGACUAAUUUUACUGAAAUGCAGAAGGAUGGUCUAAUAGAGUGGAAAAUUAAUGGAACUCAAAUAGCAAAAAUCAAUAAAGGAACUGGUAAAGUUGAAUACAGUGAUGAUAAAUUGAUGAUGAUGUUUCGUGACAGACUUAAUCUGGAUCAAACUGGAUUUCUCACCAUCUGGAACAUCAGAAUCAAACACUCGGGUGAAUAUAACGUAGAGAGUACCAGCAGCGCAGGGACCAUAUCCAAGACAUUCAAAGUUAUUGUGAAAGACUCUCCACUCAAGUCUAUUGAGGAUAAAGAUGAAAUAAAGGUAUUGUCAGCCAUGAAAGGAAAUUCUAAAACUCUAAACACUGAAACUAAACAAAAGAAACAUGAUCUAAUACUGUGGAGAUUUGGAGCUGAAGGAUCUCUCAUUGCUAAAGGUGAUACAGAAGACAAUCGUACAUCAUACUACGAUGGUGAUGAUGGGAGAUUCAGAGGCAAACUGGAGCUGGACAGUAAGACUGGAUCUCUGACCAUCACAGACCUCGAAACUCAACAUGCUGGAGACUUUAGACUAAAAAUCAUCAGUGACAGAAGCAUCUUACUCAAAAGAUUCAUUGUUACUGUCUCUGAUGUUUCAGAUCCAGGUGUGUCGCCAGGUGCUGUAGCAGGGAUUGUCAUUUGUUGUUGUUGUUCUGCUGAUGGCUGCAGCUGGUGGUGUUUUUUACUAUCGCCGCAAGAUCAAGACUGAACUACCAAGUCAAACGUGGUCAGUGCCUCCAGGAGAUAAAAUCACUCUAAACCCUGAUACUGAAAUACAGACAGGUGAUGAGAUACAGUGGCUGUUUGGAGCUGAAGACACUCUCAUAGCAGAAAUCAAAAAAGAGACUGGAGAGAUGAAGACAUAUGAUGGUCCUGAUAGGAUAUUCAAGAACAGACUCAAGCUGGACGAGACGACUGGAUCACUGACCAUCAAGUUCAUCAACACUCUAUACACUGGACUUUAUACUCUGAAGAUCAGAAGAGGCAGAGAAACCUUAAACAAAAAAUUCCAAGUUUCUGUCAAUGAUUGGAUGAGAUCAGUGAUGGAGGGAGAAUCUGUCACUCUAUACUCUGAUAUUAAAAUGCAGACAAAUGAUGAGAUACAGUGGCUGUUUGACGAUGAAGAGCAACAGACUGUCAUAGCUGAAAUCAAAACCAGAGAGACUAAAUAUGAUGGUCCUGAUUGGAGAUUCAGAGACAGACUGGAGCUGGACAAGGAGACAGGCUCACUGACCAUCACAACGUUCACAGCUGCACACACUGGAUUCUACACUCUGAAGAUCAGAAGAGACAGAAAAACCAUAUACAAAAGAUUCUACAUUUUUGUUGAAAGUGAGUCACUCCAGUCAAUGUAAUAAUGAUCACAUUCUUCCUCAUUCAUUCAUU